AUUCCAUCGAACAUAUGGUAACCUCUAUAAAAGGUACUGCUCAAAAGUCACUGUGUUCUCGUUCAAGCCGCACACUCAAUCAUUCAGUACGAGAGUGUCGGAUAAGUGUGAGUUACGUUAUUGUGUCACGUUAUUCUGGGUCUGUACGAACUGCGGAUCGUGUUCAGAAUUGUGAAGAAUACACAAGGGUCAAGUGACGGAACUUUAUCAGGGUAUUUCUACGCAAUAACGCUCAAGAUGGUUCAACUGGUAGCUUUCAUCACUGGCUUGUGUACUGUGGCAGCAGCCCAUGCUGCUUCUCAGAGAGGCUCGUUCAUCACCCAGGAAGGCACUGCCGUAAGAGCUCUCACCGCCAUGAAGCACAUGAUGGAGUUGCAUGCGCGUACUGAUGAACCCAUCACUUAUCCGGUAUAUAAGCUGGUGAAAUCGACGUCCGAGGUUUGGUACCCUUGUAUCUACGUAGCACUCCCUAGAGCAAAUGCCACCGAGGAGAACCCUACGUCAUAUCUUUGGGGGUACAAGGAGAACGACAAAUGGACCCAAGGGAUAAGGAUAUACAAUGUCGAAGAAGACGCAAAAUAUCACUCCGAUAUAGAUGAGAAUUCUACCAGCGAGUUCCCUUAUGUUCAGAGGGGGGUCUGCGAAGUAGGAGUUUCGCCUGGAGAAUAUCUCGACGGCACUGAUGAUGUCGAAUUGUGGAUGAACCUGAAUGCAAAGAGCGACGAAUUUGGUGCUCAGUGCUGCGAAGGGAAAUUCAAACAGGCACUUCAGGAACAAAAUAAGACGCUGAAUGACGUAAGGGAAAUCGACGCGGGUUGUGAUCCGUACCCGACGCUGAAAUAGAACGCUCAUGAAACCGUCCUGCACCGACAGGCAAGAAUAAAGAUCCUGCGCUUUCA